UUGCCGUCGCUGCCUGAACAGUUCAGUCCCAGUCCGGUGGUAUCCGAAAUAUAUUUCUGCUGUAAUUAUUGUUAAAUAAAAUAAGUCCGUCUCGCCGCGACCAAAGCAGCCGAAUACAAAAUACAAUAAACAUCAAAUCAAUUAAACAAUAUCGAAAAACAAAUCCUCUGCCGUUGUUGCCCCGCCAUGGACAAACAACAAGAGGCCGCAGCCGCAGCCGCCGGGACCGCGGCCGACGACAGCAUAAGCAUGAAGACGGACUACCCUGCCCACGAGGUGUACGUUUCCGAAGCGCCGCCGGCGUACAAACUCAAAACUCGUCCGACUUCCGUCCAGAUAGCCAGAAUAGCUGCAUUUACAGUGGUCGGAUGCACAUUCAUGCUGGGAUCGUUUAUGUUGGCAGCAGCUUAUUUGCAAGCCAACGCAUCUUGCUCGCAGUUGAUGCACGCCGAAGCUCUUUUAAGACAAAGCGAAGAAGCCGCCGACCGUCCACAAUUCCAAGCCCUUGUCGACCCACUGCAAUCUGACGAAAGCACGGACUCCAAACAGGAAGAACUUCCGGUUCACCAGCACACGGCCAGGAACGCCGAACAACAGCAACAGACCUCCAACAACGAACAAGCGGCUCCGGCCCAAGUUCAAAUCAAGUUGCCAAUGGAACUGGACUUGGAAGAAAUUAUCGGAAACUUGCUGGAGAAGAACCAACGGUCUCGCAUGAACUGUGUGGUGGAAAAGAAACGCGCCGAAGAAGUGAUGGACCAUCAGCCGAAAACCCUAAGACUGCCAUUCGGCGUCAACAUCACCACAGAUCCACGUUUCGAACAUGUCACAGGCGAACGGUUGAGCAUCAUAUGCGAAAGCGGACACGACGAAAGGCGAGCUCCUAACCCGAUGGAACACAUGCAACCGCAACCGUCGAUAAUGAUGCCCAUCCCGAUGGGCGCCAACCAGAUGACUCACAUGCCCAACAUGAUGGCACCGCCGUUGCCGCCGCCGUUCCAGCACCAGAUGCCGCCCAACCCUCACCACCAACACCAACACCACCACCAAGGAGGCCCCGUGCCGUUGGCCAUGAUCGCCAGGAUCAACGCGGACAUUGACAACCAAUUGCAGAUGCAAGAACAACAGCAGAUCGAAGAGCACAUCAUACCGAUUUUCCAACAACUGUUGCCGGAACUCAGAUCCAUGCCCGAACAACAAGAACAGCAACAGCAGCAAGCCCAGCAAGAACAGAAACAGGAGGUCGAAGACAGGGGGGCGAUGCCCAACAAAAUCCUGUACCAUCCCGCCAUGCCCGAGGGAAGAGCUUUGUACACUGUAGCCAUAUCCGACAAGUCGAACGGCGAGGCACCGCAGAUGGCACAUCAGUCCAUGCAUCAGCCUGACGGUAUGCGCCAACAAAACGUACCGUCCUUCUUCCAAAGGAGUCCCAUUCACGUGCCAGUUUCAUCAAUGGGGAUGGCACCUAGUGCAGACCAACAGCAAGUCGUUCACCCUGAUAACUUAGAAUCAGAGCAAAAAACUGAAAAUCGCCCACACUACGUUCAUCCACGUUCGGUCUGAUCAAAUGUGCAAGACGACAGAAAGGACGCCAAUGUUGAUUUAUUUUUUAUGAAGCCUACAUUUUUUUUUUUUAUACAUAUAUAUGAUAAUAUUAUACCAUACAUUGUUAUUGUUUGUUAACAGAUUGUAAUAAUAAGUCGAAAUUGACAUUAGAUUUACAAUAAUCAAAUAACAAUUAAGCUUAUGCGUGGAAUUUAUAUGGAAUUAGUCAGCGUGAAGGAUUAUAUUAUUUGACGACAAAAUAAAAAUACUGCAGUAUAUUGUCAAACAUAUAAAAUAUAUUGAUCUUGUUUACAUUAUAAUUUUUUUUUUUUAUUUA